GGCAUACUUAGACGGCGACGCUAGAAAGCCGCUACUUAGGGCCGUCGAGAAGGGGGCCAAGAACUAAGUCGGAGCCUUUGCAAAGACACUUAGCAACAAUGGCUCAGCUGCUGCUCCAAAACAAGUUCACUGCCGGCGCUGCUGCGCGUCCGGCACGGCGUAGCGUGGCUGCACGCUCCUCAGCCCCGGAGCUGUGGACGCCCACUUCGGAGGUCAAGCUGGCCGUGUCCUCGCGCAACCCCCACCCGCCGGUGGUGUGCCAGGGCCCCCCUCCCCCCAACCCCCUGGUGAUUGAGCGCUUCCAAGGCGUGGUGUCCCAGCUGUUUCAGCAGCGCAUCGUGCGCCUGGGCGGCGCCGUGGACGACGACAUGGCCAACCUGCUGGUGGCCCAGCUGCUGUACCUGGACAGCGUCGACAACAAGCGCGACAUCACCAUGUACGUCAACAGCCCCGGAGGCAGCGUCACGGCAGGCAUGGCCGUGUUCGACACCAUGCGCCACAUCCGCCCCGACGUGUCCACCUGCUGCAUCGGCCUGGCCGCCUCCAUGGGCGCCUUCAUCCUGGCCAGCGGCCAGGCGGGCAAGCGCUACAGCCUGCCCAACAGCCGCAUCAUGAUCCACCAGCCCCUGGGUGGCGCCCAGGGCCAGGCCACUGACAUUGAGAUCCAGGCCAACGAGAUCCUGCACCACAAGCUCACGCUCAACGGCUACCUGGCCCAGUUUACGGGCCAGUCCAUGGAGACCAUCACCAAGGACACCGACCGCGACUUCUUCAUGAGCCCGCAGGAGGCCAUCGAGUACGGCCUGGUGGACGCCAUCAUCUCCAAGCCGCAGAUGCUGCAGAGCCGCGAGGUCGCGCUCUCGUCGUAAGCGCGUGGCAGGUGUUGGCUGAGAUACAAAGCAGGUUUUGGUGGUGGAAUGGACGGGGCGGUGAGAUGGCCUAGGCGUUGUACAGGCGCCAUGUGGAUUGAGGUAGAGUGAAGGAGGCGAGGGAGGAGUCCCCGUAGGACGAGGGUCGUGCGGUGCAGACGGCGGUCCAGCGUGCUGUGUGCUUUUAGUUCCGUGUGUCACGAGGAGCGGGCCGGCGCCUACGCCGCUGCACCAAAAGGGGGUGUACGAUUGAAGCUGCGUGCCAGGUUGUUUGGGGGCACAGACACACCGAUCACCUCGAUGGUUGCGUGCUCGGUCGCGCCCAGAUCGGCAGCGUUCGCGUGUGGCCUGGUUUCUGAAAGGAGGCGUGACAUACAAUGUCGCUGUGUCUGGUGUAACUGUAAAAUACAAGUAAAC